UUCAUCAGGAUAAAGUUGAAGUGUCGUCCAGGUGGAGUAUAACUGCAGCACUUUGUCCAACAGGAACAGCUCGUGGCGCACCUUGUUGUACACCUCGAUUCUUAAAAAAAACAGAGAGAGAGAGAGAGAGAGAGAGCUUUGGACUUACCCCUGAAAUCUAGCACUUUAUAUUUUAGCAGCAAACUUUUCUGUUCCGGUGGAAGUCGAAGGCGCAGUUUUGAAGAUGCUCUGUGCCUUUUUUGCGUCUUAAGCUGUGAAGUGCAAGAGGGGGCAAAGGAGUGUUUUUAACUGGUCUGAGUUUCUUUUUCUUUUUUUUCUUUAAUCAAAGCCUGCGACAUUUUUACAGCCGAGGGGUCGUUGGAGAGCAACCUGGUGACUUUCAGCGAUGGCUGGAUGCUGUGUUUCAGCGGAGGAGAGAGAGAACCAGAGGAUCAACGAGGAGAUUGAGAAGCAGCUGCGGAGGGACAAGCAGGACUCAAGCAGGGAGCUCAAGUUGCUGCUUUUAGGCACUGGAGAGAGUGGAAAGAGCACCUUUAUCAAACAAAUGAAGAUUAUCCAUGGAGGAGGAUAUACAGACGAGGACAAGAGGAGCUAUGCCAAGCUGGUGUACCAGAACAUCUACACGUCCAUGCAGACAAUGGUCCGAGCUAUGGAGACUCUCGGUAUAUCUUUCACUGAUCCCCAGAACCAGAGUCAUGCCAGCGCAGUCCUGGAGGUGGAGGUGGAUAAGGUGAAGGACUUAGAUAGCAACCUCGCCAUGGCUGUCAAGAGUCUGUGGAAUGAUCCUGGAAUACAGGAGUGCUAUGAUCGGCGCAGGGAGUACCAGCUGUCUGACUCCACUAAAUACUAUCUCAAAGAUCUGGAUCGGAUUUCACAGCCCUCAUACAUACCCAACCUUGACGACAUCCUCAGAGUCCGAGUACCAACCACCGGUAUCAUUGAACACCCUUUUGACAUGUCGUCUAAGAAUCAGAGUGUCAUUUUCAGGAUGGUUGAUGUGGGUGGUCAAAGAUCAGAGCGGAGAAAGUGGAUCCACUGCUUUGAGAACGUCACCUCCAUCAUUUUCUUGGCGGCACUCAGCGAAUAUGAUCAGGUCCUGGCUGAGUGCGACAAUGAGAACCGCAUGGAGGAGAGCAAGGCCCUGUUCAAGACCAUCAUCACUUACCCCUGGUUCCAGCGCUCGUCUGUCAUACUUUUCCUCAACAAGACCGACAUCCUCAAGGAGAAGAUCAUGUACUCUCACUUAUCCACCUACUUCCCUAAAUUCACAGGACCUCAGCAGGAUCAAGUAGCAGCUCAAGAAUUCAUCCUGAAAAUGUACCAAGAACAAAACCCGGACAAGGACAAGACGUUGUAUUCUCACUUCACCUGCGCCACAGACACAGAAAACAUCCGCAUCGUCUUCGUGGCUGUCAAAGACACCAUCCUCAGGGACAACCUCAAGGACUUCAACCUGGUGUAGAAGGUGGCAUACAGCACAGGAGCAAAUGCAUACAAGAGAAGACCUGAGUAAAUUUGAAAUAGAAAAGAAUCUAAUUAUCAAUCAAGCUUAAACAAUACAUAAAUAAAUUUGAAAUUGUUUCAUUUCUAACAAGGGAGAUCCAAAAAAGAGAAUACAAAUAUCCUGUACCAGACAUACUCAGACCAGUCACCAUCUAACAUGAAACUGUGUGUAGAUGCUUUAGUUUCCCUUGUAGUGUUUUUAGUAUUUGCUGUAAAUGAUACUUUACAGUGGAAAUGAGAAAGUGAAAAUUAGUAGCAAGUAACUGACCCGUUGUGUGAACUACUUAUUUAAAUAGACAUAUGAUCUGAGUGCUUUAAUGUAUGUAAAUGUAUCCCCAUGUAAUAGUUUGAUAAGGAUGCUCUUUAGCCCGGUUUUGUGAUUUCAUAAUGUUUAGAAAUGGUUGCUCUAAAACUGAGAUGCAUGUAAGUGCCUUAUUUACUCAGGACAGUCAGUAGAGCCACGGAGUUCAUCGAGUUUCAGAUGUAAAUAGUCUGAGAUGUGCUUUAGGACAAAAAAUACAAGACAAGUGCCUGAAGUUUUCUUGGUGCAAGGAAUAAACUAAGACCGCUUUGAAUUCAAAAAAACUUUUAUUUUUAUUGAAAAAAAACGUGAAAAAAAAGCCACUGCAGUGAAUAAUUUGUUCCCCGAAAACAAAACGACGUAAAUGGCAGCAGAAAGUAUUUAGUGAUAUUAAACCGUGAUGCACCCAAGACCAAAACCAAAUCUUUGAAAUAUACAUCAGAGUAAACAGCAGCUGAUAAUAAUAAUUAGCAUUUCUUUAUUUUCAAUAUAUACCUUUUCUCUGUAUAAUUCAUCAGCAUGUUUGGCAUUGCAUAUGUGUGGUAUAAAAACAUAAAAAUCACGAAAUUACAUACUGCAACCUCCUCAUAAAGUCUGAUGCCAGGAUGGAUAUUUACAGAUAGACAUCAUAUUAGGUCAUAUACAGCAGACUGAUGCAUGUAAGUACAGUAUAAAAAUAGCAUGCAUCUCUGACUCACACACUCAACAGUCUUUAUUCUGAAA